UCCACAAAGCUCAGACAAGCAAUGGAGAGAGGAUCUGUUGCAUUGUUAUUCCUUUUCCUCUUCUUUCUCUGCUUCCCCUUCUCAUCAGAUUCCCAGAAAGUCAAUCCAUCCACGAGCUUACUCAUCCAAGAACAAGCCCAUGAAGAAGUUACAAUCAAAGACAUAAAAGGAGAAGAAGAUGACAAAAGCAUUGACAUCUUUCGGGCAGGGAAAGGAAGUCAUGGAGUUGCAGGUGGAAGAGGCGGAGGGCGGAAAGCAUCUCCAAAAAAAGGUAAUGCCACCCUGGACCAUCGGCCAGCGUUGUUCUUCUCCGCUGCAUCCGUUCUAUUCACUGGUUUUAUAAUGUUUUCAUUACCUUCUUUCGACAUGUCAAUAAGAUUCUGUUGUGCCUAAACAAAUGUCUUAACCUGAGAGUGAACAUAUGUACUAAAUAUUGUAAACUUUUGAAAAAUCUAUUGGAAAGAAAAUGGAGUAACA